GUGAAAUUACUCAAUUAAGUAGAUAUGCAUUACAAACGGACUAACCAUUAAAGACGUGUUCAGUUGUUAUUGUUGUCUAUAUAUGGUCUUAUACUGGAUUUUCCUUCUCUUAAUUGUAUCUUGUAUCUAUAAAAACCCUGGCCUACAUAAUUCGAAAAUAUUGAGAUCAUAAAUUGUAUCAAAAUAUUCCAUAUUUUGUAUAAGUUAUAAAUAUUAAAAUACAGUAUUUUCUAAGAAACGUGAGUUGAAUAUUAUAGUAUAGAAUGAAAUUACUUGAGCAAAUGUACUUAUAUUUGCCUACUUACUGUCACUAACAGACAUGAAUGCAACAUCGUCUGGCAAUAUUGAAUUUUUAAUGAAACAUCUCCCCAGCAGAGCAGCUCACGGUGGCUAUUCAAUUCAAAUGUUGUAGGUCUCCAUAACCACAGCACAUAGAAACAUCCCGCAGGCAUAAGCUUUGUCUCUGUGCGGACUGAUACCCAAAAGCAAAAUGUUUUACUGGUUACAAGCACAGGCUCAAAUUAUAGAUACACUUAUGCUUUCAGCAAGACAUGCAUGAAGUGAACUUUCUUCAGGAAAUGGAAAGGUUUUCAUUACAUGGCAAACGGCUAUAAGAGAGGGGACAAAAGCAGUCAACAAUGGCAACCAAAGAGGCCAAAUCGUGGUGGGAUCCAUAUGAAACAUCUAAUAGAAGGCAAUUCAUCUAUCGGCCAGUCUCAGCUGCAGAGAAUCUGAUGUGCCCGACGUCAUCUUCAUUUACAGACUCCUAUUCACAGUCACGACCUUUUGGUUCAACUGUGUACAGUAAGGAUUUUUGCUGGAAGCCAGCCUGUAAACCUGAAUACAUUCGCACAGGAACAGCCUCAGGGCAGAGGAGAAACAACCCGCAUCCCAGUCAGUCUUUCUUGAUGUGGAGGCUGCCGAGGAACGUAGCACAAAACUCUGAGUAUGUGGACUCCCCUUGGAAAUGUCCUCCAUCUGAGGGGGAGAUCCGUAAGGCCUUGACAGCACAGUACCGCUCCACCUACAGAUGUGACUUCAUGAGUAUGCCUCAAGGAUAUGAUCAUAGUAAUAGUGCAGAAAGAAGACUUGCACCUAAGCACAGCAGGUGUGGAGUGCCAGUCUCUACCGACACAGAGAUGAGGGACAACUACCGCCCGCCAAAGCAAAAACCUGAACUGCUGCACUACAGCUACAACACGGAUCCGAAGGUGGUCUGCCGUGGUAUAGUUCCGACUGUUGUACAGAGGCACAUCCGCACUAGGCAGAAAAAAUCAGAUUUGACAAGCUACGACAGGUUUUGUGGAAAGAGAGACACGUGUGUGCUAAAGUCGCUGCUGCCCCAGGAGCUGCAGCAGUUGUGCCGAAUUUUACCUGAGGAGGAAAAGGAGACGGUAAAAACUGUUUUGAGUAAACAUGCUCAUCCAAACAACGUGGAGAAAGUGAAUAAACUUCCAGAAGUUGUGCUUAACUCCUGCUCACCAGAGUGGACGUCAAGCUGGCCGGGACCUCUCUGAACCUUUUUGUUCUUGUUUAUCUGUGUUUGCAUCUUGAUGUAAUUAUUUUGAUGGUAAAGGUAAAAAUAUACAGUAAAUAAAAUAUGGUACAAUGCAAAUUUAAAAAUGUCUUGCAGAAUUCAUUUACUUGCUGAAGAUAUGAACAGUGUAUGUGUGUGUGGAAUUUUUGUGUGUUGCGAUAAUUAAACAUCUCUGCGUGGUGA